AUGCCUGCCACUAAACAAUCCAUCCGGGCACCCAACCCUCCCAUAGAGGACAGCGUCUUCAAAUCCUUCCGCCUUGACGGCCGAACCGUCAUCAUCACUGGCGGUGCAGACGGCAUCGGCUACGAAAUUGCUCGCGGCCUAGCCGAGGCGGGUGCCAACAUCGCAAUCUGGUACAACUCCUCCCCCAAAGCCGCCAAAAUAGCCACCACCAUCAGCGAGGACUUCAACGUCAAAACCAAGACAUACCAAGUCGACGUGCGAGACUACGAGGCGGUCGAGACUGCCGUAGCCCAGGCGGUGACCGAUUUCGGAAGAUUGGACGUCAUGAUUGCGAAUGCCGGGAUUCCUACGAAAGCCGGCGGCCUCGACGACAAGGUGGAGGAUUGGAACAACGUGCGGGCUGUCGACUUUGACGGGGCGUACUACUGUCUGCGUGCUGCGGGGCUGGUGUUCAGGAACCAGGGACAUGGGGUGGGCAUUGCGACGGCAUCGAUGAGUGGGCAUGCGGCGAACGUGCCGCAGGAGCAGAGCUGUUAUAAUGCUUGUAAGGCUGGUGUGAUUCACCUGGCAAAGUCUCUGUCGGUGGAGUGGGCCAAAUGGGGUGGGAGGAUCAACUCUGUUUCACCGGGUUAUGUCGACACUGAGAUCUCGGAGGAUUGUCCGUUUGAGAUGAAGGAGGAGUGGUUCAGUCUGACUCCCUUGAAGCGGGAUGCUGACCCGCGGGAGUUGAAGGGGAUUUAUCUCUACUUGGCUAGUGAUGCCAGCUCCUAUACUACAGGGGCGGAUUUCGUUAUUGAUGGUGGGUAUACUGCCAGAUAG